GGCCGGGCGGCGCCGGUGCAGGCUGAGGCUGAGGCGGCGGCGGCCCAGCAGAGCAGAGGACCCUGGUAGUGGUCUUGGAGUGUCCAAUCUCCCUCUGCCUCCUCACACGGUUCUGCGACGCAGUUUCGGGUCUAGCGGACCUAGCCCCUGGCCAUGGACUCCCAGAAAGAAGCUCUACAAAGGAUCAUUUCAACUCUGGCAAAUAAAAAUGAUGAAAUUCAGAACUUUAUUGAUACACUAAAUCAAACACUAAAAGGAGUUCAGGAAAAUUCUUCUAACAUACUUUCAGAGUUAGAUGAAGAAUUUGAUAGUUUAUACACCAUAUUGGAUGAGGUAAAAGAAAGUAUGAUUAACAGUAUCAAGCAGGAACAAGCUCGUAAAUCACAAGAGUUACAGAAUCAGCUUAGUCAAUGUAAUAAUGCGCUGGAGAACUCAGAAGAACUUCUAGAAUUUGCAACACGGUCAUUAGAUAUAAAGGAACCUGAAGAAUUUUCAAAGGCUGCCAGACAGAUCAAGGAUAGAGUAACCAUGGCUUCAGCCUUUCGCCUUUCUUUGAAACCAAAGGUCAGUGACAACAUGACUCAUUUAAUGGUGGAUUUUUCUCAGGAAAGAAAGAUACUACAAACAUUGAAGUUUUUGCCAGUCCCCAAAGCUCCAGAGAUAGAUCCAGUUGAGUGUUUGGUGGCUGACAACGCUGUAACGGUAGCUUGGAGAAUGCCAGAAGAAGAUAAUAAGAUUGAUCAUUUUAUACUGGAAUAUAGGAAAACUAAUUUCGAUGGACUUCCACGUGUAAAGGAUGAGCGAUGCUGGGAGAUAAUUGAUAAUAUUAAGGGUACUGAAUAUACCCUAUCAGGCUUAAAGUUUGAUUCAAAGUAUAUGAAUUUCAGAGUGCGAGCUUGUAACAAGGCUGUGGCUGGAGAGUAUUCUGAUCCAGUUACUCUAGAGACCAAAGCACUUAACUUCAGUUUGGAUAAUUCAUCAUCGCAUCUGAACCUGAGAGUUGAAGAUACCUGUGUAGAGUGGGAUCCUACUGGAGGAAAAGGUCAAGAAAGUAAAAGUAAAGGGAAAGAGAACAAGGGCAGUGUCCAUGUUACUUCACUGAAGAAACAUACAAGAAGUGGUACACCAUCCCCUAAGCGGACGUCCACAGGCUCCAGGCCGCCAGCAGGACGGGGCAGCAGAGACCGUUUUACUGGGGAGUCGUACACAGUGCUAGGAGACACGGCUAUUGAAAGUGGACAACAUUACUGGGAGGUCAAGGCCCAGAAGGAUUGUAAAUCCUACAGUGUGGGAGUAGCAUACAAGACUUUGGGGAAAUUUGACCAGUUAGGGAAGACAAACACUAGUUGGUGUAUCCAUGUCAAUAACUGGCUACAAAACACAUUUGCGGCAAAGCAUAAUAAUAAAGUCAAAUCUUUGGAUGUUGCUGUUCCUGAAAGAAUAGGUGUAUUUUGUGAUUUUGAUGGAGGUCAACUUUCUUUCUAUGAUGCAAACUCAAAACAGUUGUUGUAUUCCUUUAAGACAAAAUUUACACAGCCAGUACUACCUGGCUUCAUGGUUUGGUGUGGUGGACUUUCUUUGAAUACUGGGAUGCAGGUUCCAAGUGCUGUGAGAACACUUCAGAAAAGUGAAAAUGGAAUGACUGGUUCAGCUAGCAGCCUAAACAAUAUUACUCAGUAAUGCCUACUCGGAAUACGUUUACCUUUUUGAUUGGGUGGCCUUUUCCGUGCAGUUACUAAUCACAGGAAUUUAUGAGUGGUGGAAAUCAGGUUUGCGACAUUCUGCUUUAAGGCAUGGAAUCCGUUAGCAUUAAGCAUCUAGUACGAAGCAUUCACAGGAGUGGACUGUGCAGUAUCCAUAGAAGCAAGCAGACACCGAGCAAGAAACUCAUGUUUUGAAGAGUAAAUGGGAGAGAAGACAGUGUUUAAGUAGUUACAUAGAAACUCAUUUUGUGUUUCUUGGGUUUACUUUGGCUCUUGUAAUAUGUUUAGUUACAUAAGGUAGCCCUAGGGUCUGAGGGAAAAGCAUUUACAAUCUUGUCUUCUUUUCUGUAUACUUUUUAAAUGUCAUCACUACCUAUUAUUUAGUUCUUACACUGAAGCUUUAAAAAUAUACAGUCCUCUAUAGUUUUCUAAAAAUUGAAAUAAUCUAUUGAGGAUGCUAGAAAGGUUUUCUUAAAAUAGUUUAUUUCCCCCCUUUUAUAAAUAAGUUGAGAUUUGCUAAAUUAUCCUCUUUUGUUUAUUGACUAAAUUGUAAAUCAUUUUUUCCAAAUAUCAUGAUAUUUCUCUUAUGGUUAUAACUCAAAAUAGAGAGUGGAUAGGAAGAGUUUCUAGACAUAAUAGUUUAAAAUCACCCAAAUUUCAGUUUUUUACUUGCUGCACUAACAGUGGCAAAGGGAUAUUCUUUAUAUGUUGCCCUGUUUAAUUAGACUUCUUUUCAUUCCAUCAUUUUGGAUGAUGGGUAAGAUUUUCUAAAGCUUUAUAUUUUCUGAUUUUGUUGUCUUGUUUAAUACUACCUUUAAUAGUUAUCUUUGAUAAAAUUCCCACUUGAAUUCUAAAGUUAUAUAGAAAGUAGAAAAAGCUACCUACUCAAGUUUUGUCUAAGAGAUAUAGGUUACGAAGGGAGGUGCCUAAAACUGUUCUUCACUGAAGUCAUUUAUAUCUCCUUUUUAAUAAAAUGGAAUGGUUUAAACAAGUGUUUUUUAAAAAACUGCAUAUCUCUGACUUAUUUGGCACAUGAGUUUUUCAGCCCUACCUAUUCAGAGGUUAUUUUCCUCUCAAUCUUUUUGCUACAUUCAUUUGCUUCUUAAAGGGUUGUAAUUCUUUCAAAAAUCAACAUACAGUAAUGUUUACCAAACUUAGGGAAAAUGUGUUAAACAGUGAGUAACACCCAUGGUUAUUGAGCAGAACAUAUGUAUUUUUUAAAAGUUGAUUAAAAUUUGUAACAAGUCCUUUGAGCCAAACUGAAAGCUGUAAUUAUAGUAUUUAAGAAUUCCUUGAGCAUUUUAAAGAGGUCUGGAUCUGUAUAUUCCUUAAUUGUUGAAGCUGUUACUUUCUCAUGUUGACUUUAAUUUGCAUUUGAAGUAUAUUGGUUAUGACAGCCUUCUCCCUCGAAGUGACUCUUGCUGCUUACAUUUGAGUGACUUGCUGCAGAAAGGCCUGUGUAAUAGGAAUAGCUCAUUCUCUCUUAAAGUUUACUGUUUACUGAUAGGAUGUUUUGUUCAUUGUAAAACAAAUCUAAAUGAGGAAUUUUAUUUGAACUAGGUAUUAUAUUUCCAGAGGACAUUCAUAGCUGUACCACUGUCUGAUGACUUAGUUGAAAGACUAUUAGGCAGCUUAAAGAAUGACAUAUGUCAGUAGAUAUUCUUCUGAUUCUCCAAACAAAUAUAAUUUUGGUUUUUGUUUCUCCUAGAGAUUUUGAAAGAAACUUUCAGUGUCCUGUUCCCCACAGCAAGGUUAUUCUAGGACCUAAGGAUAAGGAAAUGGGAAGUUAUAAGUCUCUCUCAGAGAGUUAAACCUGAAAGCAGUAAGUUAGGGGUGGAGCUGCUUUAAGUGCACAGUUACCUAUGUAUAUUUUAGCAAAAAUGACACAGAAAAAGCCAGAAGUUCUUGUAUAAAAACUUUUACUAUCAUGUCUAAUAUAGUUGUAUUUUCUCUUUAAUUCUGUGCCUUCUUCCUCUAAGCAUGCUCUUGCCCCCUGCGCCAUGCAGUGUCAACUGAUGUUUAAACCAGAGAACAUUAUGUCACACUGCUGAGGGGCUUCUAUUGCAGGGGCAUGGGGAAAAGGAAAUAUUAAUCAGGGGCUGGAGGAGUGCAUAAGAUUCUUCCUGUGCUCAUGCCACCAUCUGAAACCCUUCAUAUACAAUUUUCUAAUAUUCAUUUGAAAAACUCAUUUGAAGUAAUACUAUCAUUGCUUCAAAAUAAAAAUCUGAGGUUUUCCUCUUACUGUGCUUCUUAAAGUUCUCUAAAAAAUGAACAAAAUGUAUGGGGUUUUAGCUUAGCUGUUUUAAGUUUAUUUAUGUUACAUUAAACUGGAGGAAAUUUGCCACCCUCAUUUUCAAACUAGAAAAUAAUCAGCUGCAGUGCCUAUUUACAUGGUCUCAAAUUAAGGUAACUAUUAACUUGACCAUAACAUAUAAUAUUCUCAUUGACAUCUGAAUUAAAAAAUACUGAGUUUUUUGGCUCAGUUUAAUACGUUGUGGAAAGUUGGUAUUCCCUUUCAAAUAUUCUUUAUUUUAUUUUUUUUACUCUUCAUUUUGACAGGUCAAACAUGAUUGCUUUCUGUAAAAGAAAUGCAUGAGAGGUUGACGGUAAUGGAUGUAUUACAGGUGUAAAAAAUUAUGUUUUAUAAAAACAUACAUUUAGUAUUGCAUUUCUCUUUUAGCAGUUUAAUCCUAAACCAGUUUUAAUAAACUGGAUAAAGAAAUGAAGGAAUUGCCUUAAGCACUUUAGAAAAAGAAUUUUUUUACAAUUCAUUUUGACUCUUUGGACUGAUCAUGUCACGUAUGUCUUUAACUUUUGGUGAAUACGUAUAUCCCAAGCAUUUACUGAGUGCACAUAGAAAUUUAAUACACAGUAAUUCUUUGAAAGUUCCAGGUAUAGGUAAACAAAUUGAAAGUAUUAAAGGGGUGCCUGUCUGUACGUGGGUUUAAUUGAUGGCAUCUGUAUUAUUUUGACAAACCACAAACUGCUACUUUACAGUUAGACUUGACCGACAUUGUCCUGCAGUCAUUUUCCCCCAUUUUAUCAUCUAAAGAGACAUAUUGGCUUGGUUUUAUUUGCUCAUUUGUGAAAUUAAAGUAUGCACAGUAUCAUGUAUAAUUUGAAUUUUUGUGACUGAUCCUUGGUAGUGUAAAGAAUAAAAUAAGUAAUUUGUAAUGAAGUCUUUUAAAAAAUUAGUCUAAGAUACUCUAUUUCAUGAGUUAUCUGGAAUGAUUAAUUUUUCUAUAUAUGCUUUUCCCAUAAAUGUAUUAUUUAUAUAGUUUCUUUUGGAAACAUAUGGGGAAAAAUUGGAAAAGGAUGUAUAUAAAAAUGAUUAUUUCAAAGAGUAUUCAUUUUAGAAGAGGACAGCGUAGACUUCUUACUAUAAAAUAUGUGAUUCUAGGCUGAAAAAAUUAAGGAGUAUAAAAAUCAUCAUGAUAAUUCUUUUUAAAAAACAUGUUAGUGAAAUCAGUGUUCAUUCAUUGGCUAAUUCCUACAACGAUUAUUAAAGUGUCUGUGAUAGGGCAGUCAUACUUGGUAUUCAGAUUUCCAGAAUUAGUGAAGUUUGAUUUACUGUGUGUAGUUUUGCUGCUUUUGAGUGGUAUGAAAAGUUUGCAUUUUAAAAACAAUGUUUUGCUAAUAAGGCAGAAAUUUUAAAAAGUAAAUUUGUUGGAGUUGGUGAAAAAAUUCAAAUUAACUGCAUAUAAAAUGGUUCACUUAUAUGUGGUCACAUAAAAUGGGUCCGGAAAAGUUUCUUCCUUGAUUUUAUUUUUACACUGGAUAUACUAGGGAAGUGUAUGGUCAGUAUAAAUUUACUCAGCAUCUAACUAAUCAUAAAGUUAUUUGUUAUCCUCAUGUACAUUUUGUAAUGCCAGUACUGGAGCAUUUAUGAGAUCAUUAAUGUUUCCUUAAUCAUUGCAGAAAGAUUACCUCAUAUUCAGUAUAGUUUUAAUUUUGUGUCUUACAGUAUUCACAUUAUGCAAAUAUUUGUGAUCCUGAUCUGUCACAUAUGAUAGCUUUGUUACCUGGAAUAUUUGAUUAAUGUAAAUGCUUUAAACUUUUUGAGCAAUUUGGAGGUUAAAUGGAUUACAUUUGGUAUAUGUUUUUGUUGAAAAGAUAUUGUUGGGUUUGUUAUAUUAAGGUUAGUAUUAGCUUACAAAUGAAUACCAGAGAUUGUCAUAGUACUCUUCUCCUUGGACCACCCACUUAUUAAAUUAAAACAGUAUUUGUGAUUUCUGGGUCAGUUUAAGGUACUGACUUUUGAUCCUUAAUCAUUUGAGCUAUGUUAGUUUAAACUGCUAUAGUUUCUUAAUGGUACCCGUUCAGUGUAAGUUGGUCCUUGGGAAUGGAUGUGUAGAGGAUUUCACAGUAUGGAAGACAGCAGGUAGGUGAAUGUGUUUGCUUUGGCUUGGAGCUUCUUAAGUUUGGGCCAAUUUUAAAAUAAGUCAAAUUGUAAGUGAUUGGUAAAAGGCAUUUUUAUUAGUGUUGGAACUUUUUGGAGAGCCUAAGGGCUAUGAGAAUGCUUUUUCUUUUUAAAAUAACAUUUCCAAUAUCUCUAGGGCACCAAAGCAUUGAGUCUAAUUUACCUUUUAAGGGAGACUCUUUAAAUUAAAAUCAAAUUUAUAAUUCAUACAGCAGAUACAUAAGAGCUAAAGUUUUGGAGUAAUUUAUAGUAAAAAGCACUAGUCUUUAAAAUUUCUGGAUGUAACAAAUAUUUUGGGUUUAUUUUAAAGUAUUUAAAAUUAAUCACCUUGCCUCCACCAUAUACUAGAUCUGUGAUCUCUACAUGCAUCAUUUAUCAUAUUUGGGCCUCCAUUGCCUUACAUAAAAUAAUUGUAACUUGUUCAGCCUACCCCACAGGGCUGUUGUGAGGAAUAAAAUGAAAUAGAGUAUGUGAAAUUGCUUCAACGACAGUAAAACGCUGUGUAAGUGUAAGGUGUUAACUUUUAGCUGAUAAUGGAUUUAAGUGUUUGGAUACUUCCAGAUGCCGUUUCCUUUGAUAAAGCAUGUGCUUUAAGUGGUAUCACCAGGACAUCAAACAUGAUUUUUUUUAAUCUGAUUAAAACACCCUUUAACAUUUGCAGUUUGUGCAUGACCUGUGGCCUUUUUAUAUUUUCUCAUCAAGCCUAUUACUCUACAUCAAGACUUGUAGAACUGUACCAUUUCUCCCACAGCAUUUAGUGUACCAGAGUAGAACAGUAGCAUAAAUAAAUGAUUUAAGCUGUUUCCACCCACGCAUUUGCACUUCCAGUUUAUGACUGCUCAGUGCCACAUGCAAAGACUGAAUUUGGUCUAAAUAAUUCUUUCUAAAACAACAGUUUUGGAAUGGUUCAACAGUUUGUUGUCAGUGGAUAACAAGGUGUAUGUUCCCACUUAACAUUUGACAACGUUUGUUGCACUGUCAUCUUUAAAAACUAUGAUGAGGUGUUUCAAAACCUUGUCAACCUGGGUAUCAUUUAGUAUCUCUCCUAAUAUACUAGUUUUGCUUUAAAUUGGAUUAAAUGGUUUACAGGUUAUCUUGAUCCACAGAUUAUUUGGUAUUUCUAUCAUCUGGACAUGGUUCUGCUAUGCAGUUCUGAUAAUAAAAAUUCUAAUUCCUCAGGUUUAACCUUUAAGUUAAGGAUGAAGAACGUUAGUGAGCUUAUAAUGUACUCAGUGCUGCAAACUAGUGUUUUAUAAUAAGCAUAUUGCCUCAUUUUCCUUGGAAACAAGACAAAGCUUUUUAAAUGGUUUUUUAAACUUUAAAAUAGAGUAUUCAAAGUGGAGUGACGUGUAUGUUGAAAUGACUGUAUAUUCUGUAUAGAAUAACCGAGUUAAGUUCUUACAAAAGCACCUGGAGUAUCUCAUCUAAAAAUAAAACUUUUUUUCCCUGC